AUGGAUCAGAAUAAGGAAAAUAAUAUAUUUCGUCAUGCCAUGUUGAAAGACAUGCCACAGACUCCUAACAACCUAUUGAAAAGGACACAUUCAAAAUUGAAAACAGGAAUUGCUAAGGACAUACAGGGAGGUAAUGUAAUAAAUACUUCACCACAGAAAAGACUUCCCUUGGCUUCGAAGGAUAAUAAUAGAUCUAAUAGUUUUUUGAACAAUUCGAAUGUGAAUUUGAAUUUCAAUAUUAAUAAUAAUAAUAAUAAUAAUAAUAACAACAUCAACAACAAUAAUAUUAAGAAACAACAUAUAUUCCAACAGAAUAAAUCAGGAAUUUUGGCAGAUGAUAGGAAAUUGAAAAAAUACGGAUCUGUCUUGGGCUAUAAUGCUUUACCAAAAGUUAAAAGUUUAGUAUUAAAGGAUAUAUCUGAUAAUGAAGAUGACGAUGACGAUUUGCUGAGCUUAAAAUUACGCGAUUCUAUGAAUAAAAAAAGUAUAAAUACUAAUAAAAGUAAUUCAGGAAUUGGGUUAUUAAGUGGUGGAAAUUUACAACAACUUAUAAGAGAUGCAAAUGAAGAUGUCAGGGAAAUAGAACACAAAUCAAAUGCUUUUCCAGAUAAAGAAUAUAUACCAGAUGACCACUUACCAUUUGAUGAGAACGAUAUUGCUAAACUUAAAACAUUCAACUCUCCAUUUAAGUUGGAACAAUCUAAUAGCGAUGAUGAAGAAGAUAGUUCAGAAUUGUUAUUACUAGCAAAUACAAGUGAUGACGAAGGAACACAUAAUGAUAAAAUUACUACCAAUAAAAACUUAAGCAUAAAUAAUAAACCAAAUAGCAAAGAUGUCAUACCCGCUGACAUCCUGGAUAUCGAGCCAUCAUAUGGUGAGGGAUUGGAUUCAAACGAUUUAGAAGAUCUACUCGAUCUGUAA